AUGUCAUUUGCCUACCUGUGUAACAACAGCAUGUCAUUUGCCUAUCCAUGUAACAACAGUCUGUCAUUUGCCUACCUGUGUAACAACAGCAUGUCAUUUGCCUGCCUGUGUAACAUGUCAUUUGCCUCCCUGUGUAACAACAGCAUGUCAUUUGCCUGCCUGUGUAACAUGUCAUUUGCCUCCCUGUGUAACAACAGCAUGUCAUUUGCCUACCUGUGUAACAACAUGUCAUGUGCCUCCCUGUGUAACAACAGUCUGUCAUUUGCCUCCCUGUGUAACAACAGCAUGUCAUGUGCCUCCCUGUGUAACAACAGUCUGUCAUUUGCCUCCCUGUGUAACAACAGUCUGUCAUUUGCCUACCUGUGUAACAACAGUCUGUCAUUUGCCUACCUGUGUAACAACAGCAUGUCAUUUGCCUCCCUGUGUAACAACAGCAUGUCAUUUGCCUCCCUGUGUAACAACAGUCUGUCAUUUGCCUCCCUGUGUAACAACAGCAUGUCAUUUGCCUACCUGUGUAACAACAGUCUGUCAUUUGCCUCCCAGCUCUACAUGUAA